CCAGGUUCCUCGUCCCACCUUUGUGAGCACCUUGUGUCAUGGUAGAUCCCUUGGGCUCAGCGAGCUGGACUCUGCUCCCUGCGGAGCCACCGGCGCUGUCGGCAGAGCUGCUCCUCUGGUCCUGCUGGCACAUUAUCUGGAAGAUGUGAGAAUCCAUUGGCUAUAUUUUAUGUUUUUUGUAAGGUUACAAAACAUGAAAUAAGGCCUUGGAAAUGGCUCUACAAAAGACAGACCUAAUCUUGCAAGGCUAGAACUUGUAUGCAGAGCAGCUGGAAUUAGUUAAAUAUUGGAACUACUCUUGGUUAGGUUGCAUCCUCCAACAUGACCAAUCCUCAGCCUACAAUUGAAGGUGGUGUUUCAGAAGUUGAGAUAAUUUCACAACAAGUAGAAGAAGAGACCAAAAGCAUUGCUCCUGUACAGCUUGUUAACUUUGCUUAUCGAGAUCUGCCUUUAGCUGCACUUGAUCUCUCUGUGGCUGGGUCCCAGCUUUUGUCAAAUUUGGAUGAGGAGUACCAGAGAGAGGGAUCUAACUGGCUAAAACCGUGCUGUGGGAGACGAGCAGCUGUGUGGCAGGUAUUUUUGCUCAGUGCAAGUCUCAACAGUUUCCUGGUAGCCUGUGUAGUAUUGGUGGUGAUUCUUCUGACUCUGGAACUCCUAAUAGAUAUAAAGCUUCUCCAGUUUUCAAGUGCUUCACAGUUUGCAGGAGUAAUUCACUGGAUCAGCCUAGUCAUCCUCUCUGUUUUCUUUUCAGAGACUAUUUUGAGGAUUGUGGUCCUUGGCAUAUGGGAUUACAUUGAAAACAAAAUAGAGGUGUUUGAUGGUGCUGUCAUAAUCUUGUCCUUGGCACCAAUGGUGGCCUCAACAGUGGCUAAUGGCCCCAGCAGCCCGUGGGAUGCUAUCAGCCUAAUUAUCACCCUGCGGAUAUGGAGAGUGAAGAGGAUCAUUGAUGCGUAUGUCCUUCCAGUGAAAGUGGAGAUGGAGAUGAUGAUUCAGCAAUAUGAGAAGGCAAAGGUUAUUCAAGAUGAGCAGCUGGAAAGACUAACCCAGAUCUGCCAAGAACAAGGGUUUGAAAUCAGGCAGCUGAGGGCCCACCUUGCUCAGCAGGAUCUGGACCUGGCUGCAGAGAGAGAGGCCGCGCUGCAGGUCCCACACGUCCUGAACAAACAGAGCAGCAAGAGGUACAAGGUGGUGGCGACGGACGAUUCGGACGACGAAGCCACCGAGAACAUCACGGAGCUGCGACCUCCCCGAGAGGAUGACAUGAACAAUUACAUCAGUCGAUACUACAACGAGCCCAGCACUGACAGCGGUGUCCCCGAGGCCGCCAUCUGCGUGGUCACCACGGCCGCCAUCGACGUGCACCGGCCCAACAUCUCCUCGGAGCUGUUCACGGUGGAGGUGCCGCUGCGCCUGGGCAGCACCGGGACCUCGGCCAGCAUCACGUCGGGCAGCGCCUCGCGCUCCACCGUCAGCUCGGGCACCCAGGCCUGCAGCGAGAGCAGCCACACGCUGGGCUCCUCCCCGGACUGCAGCACGGCCUGCGAGGAGCCCGCCCAGGCGGCCCCGGCCCCCGCCCGGCAGCGGGUGGCCCACGCCGUGGUGCAGGAGCUGCUCUCGUCCCUGUCGGAGGAGGCGUGUCUGGCGCAGAAGGGGCUGGAUCCCGUCAACCUGAAGCUGCCCAGCCCCGCGGGCUCGGUGGGGGCCAGCCCCGACCUGGGCCACCGGCUCAGCGUCUACAACCGCAGGAACCAGGAGAGCCUCGACGUCUUCCAGCUCAAGCCACUCAUCGACUGCCCACCGAGCACCCCGAUGAUUGAGGAGAAAUAUGGAGCGCUGGGGCCCCCAGAGCCACGGCUGGGCAGGGUUCCCGAGGCAUAGGGACAGCCUAGGGGAAGGACUCCUGCGGGGACACGCUCACCGCGCUGGGUCACGAGGCUGCCACAGGUGACGUGCCAGCGCCGAAGGCAACCUGUGGCAUCUCCUGAAUGGCCACCAGGGCGAGGCCAGUGCCACCUCUGCUCACCAGCGUCCAUGGCGCAUGAUCCACCUGCCCUGCCACCAGCUCUGGGCCAGCUGGGACCUACAGUGACUGUCUGGGCACAAAGGACCUUCCAGCAGACUCGGGCUGACAUGGACCCACAGUGCCUGGGAACACCAUGGAACUUCCACCAGUCCAGGGCCAGCACAGCCCCACAGACAGAGCUGCUGGACAGCCUGGGCCCAGCCUGGCACCCUGGCUUGACCCUACCCAGGGGCUGAGCAUGGCUGGGAGGGGUGUGGAGAUGGGAAUAAAUACUGACAAACCCA